GACCCGCGGCACUUCCUCCUGUGGACUGGACUGAGAAAACUUUUUUGAGUGUGGCAAUCAUGUCCGACAGAGGAACCUUCGACACCAACGUGGUGACCGUGACCCGCUUCGUCAUGGAGGAGGGCCGGCGGGCCAAGGGUACCGGGGAGCUCACCCGGCUGCUCAACUCGCUGUGCACGGCCGUCAAAGCCAUCUCCAGCGCCGUGCGCAAAGCCGGCAUCGCUCACCUGUACGGCAUCGCGGGCAGCACCAACGUGACAGGUGAUCAGGUGAAGAAGCUGGACAUCCUUUCCAACGACCUGGUCAUCAACCUGAUCAAGUCAUCCUUCACCUCCUGCGUGUUGGUGUCAGAGGAGAACGAGAAAGCCAUCAUCGUGGAUCCCGACACCAGGGGCAAGUACAUAGUGUGUUUCGACCCGCUGGAUGGCUCCUCCAACAUCGACUGCCUGGUCUCCAUUGGAACCAUUUUUGCCAUCUACAAGAAGGCGUCGGAAGAUAGCGAGCCUUGCGAGAAGGAUGCCCUGCAGCCCGGCAGGAACCUGGUGGCGGCAGGAUACGCCCUCUAUGGCAGCGCCACCAUGAUGGUGCUCUCCACUGGACACGGCGUCAACGGCUUUAUGCUCGACCCGGCCAUCGGCGAAUUCAUCUUGGUGGACCGGGACGUAAAGAUCAAAAAACGGGGGAAGAUCUACAGCUUGAACGAAGGCUACGCCAAAUAUUUCGAGCCGGCUGUCACAGAGUAUUUGCAGAAUAAGAAGUUUCCUCAGGACGGCAGCGAGCCCUACGGCGCCCGCUACAUCGGCUCCAUGGUGGCCGACGUGCACCGGACACUCAUGUACGGCGGGAUCUUUUUGUAUCCUGGCAACGCAAAAAGCCCCCAGGGAAAGCUGCGUCUGCUCUACGAGGGCAACCCCAUGGCGUUCAUCAUCGAACAGGCAGGGGGCGCUGCCUCCACGGGCUUCGAGAACAUCCUGGACAUCCAGCCGAAGAACAUCCACCAGAGGGCGCCGGUGGCCAUGGGCUCCUCCGACGACGUCGCCGACUACGUGGCCGUCUGCCGCAAGCACGCCGCCAAGGCAAAAUGAGCUCGGUUCACGUUGCCGUCCGCUCUUCAGGGAAGGAGACAAGUCUGUUAGCUUCUAUUUCAAAAUGUGUCUGCGUUUUGUUGACUUAUUACAUGAUGUUCCAUACAUGUAUGUCAUUUAAGGACGAUGAAGAAAAAUACAUUCCACAAAUAAAUGGUACAGCUCAUUAA